AGUGCUCUCAUGGCUGGGACAAUCUAACAGAUUUUUACCUUGGUAGCACUUGGCAGAGCUCCCCCCUUUUCUUGCACAGUUGAAAGGAAUCCAGUGCAAUUCUGUGCUUCGAUCAACUUCACUCCAGUUUUGCUCUGCCUGCCCAGUUUGGUAGCGCACGGCUGUGCCUGGCUUAUGUGGCCUCUAUGGCCCUUUUCUGCUCCACUGUCAGAAAGAGGGAGGGAGGCUUCCCCCAGCACCAAAAUACCAUUCUGUGUGCUCUCUGCAGCACAGUAGCUAAGAACAAGUUUCCCGAUUACUCCCUGGGUUUUUUAGGAGUUAUUUGCUUGAAGAAGUCUUUUUCCCCACUUUAAAUGGAUGAUUGUGUUACAAUCAAGAAAAAGCAUCUCCAAAGACCAAUCUUUAGAUUAAGAUGCUUGGUAAAGCAGCUGGAGAAGGGUGACAUUAAUGUGGUGGAUUUAAAAAAGAAUAUUGAAUAUGCAGCAUCUGUGCUGGAGGCAGUUUAUAUUGAUGAAACCAGGAAACUUUUGGACACUGAAGAUGAACUCUCUGACAUCCAGUCGGAUUCGGUCCCGCUGGAAGUGCGGGACUGGUUAGCUUCUACAUUCACGAGAGAAAUGGGAAUAGUGAAGAGGAGACCUGAGGAAAAGCCCAAAUUCCGAAGCAUUGUGCAUGCUGUACAGGCUGGGAUUUUUGUAGAAAGGAUGUACCGAAAAACUUCAAGCAUGGUUGGUUUGGCUUAUCCAGCAGAAGUGAUAGUCACAUUUAAGGAUGUUGAUAAGUGGUCUUUUGACGUAUUUGCCCUUAAUGAAGCAAGUGGAGAGCACAGUCUGAAAUUUAUGAUGUAUGAGCUGUUAACUCGAUACGACCUUUUGAGCCGUUUCAAGAUCCCUGUUCCCAAUCUCAUUUCUUUUGCUGAAGCUCUUGAAGUUGGUUACAGCAAAUACAAAAAUCCCUAUCACAAUUUGAUCCAUGCAGCUGACGUUACUCAAACUGUGCAUUACAUAAUGAUUCACACUGGCAUCAUGCACUGGCUCACAGAACUGGAAAUCUUAGCAAUGAUCUUUGCAGCUGCUGUCCAUGACUAUGAACAUACUGGGACCACAAACAAUUUUCAUAUUCAGACAAGGUCAGAUGUUGCUAUAUUGUACAAUGAUCGAUCUGUCCUUGAAAAUCAUCAUGUAAGUGCUGCUUAUAGACUCAUGCAGGAAGAAGAGAUGAACAUCCUGGCUAAUCUAAACAAAGAUGACUGGAGGGAGUUGCGUAGCUUGGUCAUUGAGAUGGUCUUGUCUACAGAUAUGUCGGGUCAUUUUCAACAAAUUAAAACAAUGCGACACACUCUACAGCAGGCACAGGGGGUAGACAAAGCCAAAGCCAUGUCUUUGAUUCUACAUGCAGCAGACAUAAGCCAUCCAGCAAAAUCCUGGGAACUGCACUACCGGUGGACCAUGGCCCUGAUGGAAGAAUUUUUUCGACAGGGAGACAAGGAGGCUGCUUUAGGUCUUCAAUUUUCCCCACUUUGUGACCGCAAGUCCACUUUGGUAGCUCAGUCUCAAAUAGGUUUCAUUGAUUUCAUAGUAGAACCAACAUUUUCUCUUCUUACUGAUUCAAUGGAGAAAAUUGUUAUGCCUCUUAUAGAGGAAGCGACAAAAUCUGAGAGUCCUGCAUUUGGGACCCCUGGCCAAAACAGUUUGGGAGGAGUAAGCAAUGCUGAAGCACAAAGACGACCUGGGUUUAAAAGUACAGGUGAUGGAGGAGCUCACGCAGAAAAUUCUCUAGCAACUGUAGACCUAAGGGGCUUCAGGGACAACUUAAUGAAGAUCAUUCAAGCAAACAAAGAAAGAUGGAAAGAAUUAGCAGCAGAAGAAGAACUUGGGAAAAAUGUUGGUGAACAGGAAAAAGACCAAAGCAGAAAUUCCACAGAUGCACAGUUGCAGGAAGAGACAACAAGGACACAAAAUGAGAGUAGUCAGGGAAGUGAUGGUACAACCUGUCCUCCCAGAUCCAUCGUCCUACAAGUAGUCUCUUUCGACACUCCUCUGAGUGAUGAAUCCAGCUCAGAAAAAUGCACUAUCUCUGAUCCGAACCAGAAAGAUCUCAGCGAUGCCCAGCAGGAGACACAGAGCACAGACCCACUGAAUGGUGAGCCUAAACACUGUAAGAAGUCAGAAGAUAUUGUAAAAGCCACGGAGCAGACAGAAGCACUGGUACAGAACUAGAUUUGCUAUUUCCUAAAAGCUUCUGACAUUUCAGGCAGGACAGGAGAAAAGAACUCUAGCUGUUCCUACCUCAGGAUCUCAGAGGCUGUUAUCUGUCAACUUGUUCUUGGAUCAUCCUAUUUCUGUGGAGACUGAUUGAACAAAAUGUUCAAAAAUGUAAAACCCUGAGCUGGUAACUCAAGGCACUUAACAACUUGCAAGAUUUCAGUUGUAUAUGUGUUGCUAUUUCCUCUUCUAUUCUGCUUUCUUAAACUAGCCAAAAUAAUUUUUUCAGCCAAAGUUGGACCUUGCUUUGUUGCAUCACUGGUACCAGACAUUUCCAGUUAAUCACGAGACAUGUGAAAACAUGAUGUCUGUCAUCUGCCUGGGAUUGCUGUUACGCAUCACUGCUGCUGGUGUCCAAUGAAAAUGGAAAAUCAAAAUGAAAUGUGUUUCUGGAUACUUGUUCAUGCAAUCAUGCUGCAUGCACCAUAAAAGUCCUACUUGUUAGCUUCCUUAAAAAAUCUGGAAAUAAAUGUUUGUAGACUGUACAGGGAAGUUGUAAAGUUACGCUGACCAGCCUGCAUGAAUGAAGAUUCUUCUCCGGUGCAGUGGCUGCCAUACGGACAGAACUGGUGUGGAGCAAAUUUGAAAGUAUUUGAAAUAUCUCUUUAAAAUUAAUUGAAUAGCAUGUGGUGUUAAAGAUUAAAACAUCCCGAAUCCUGUAAUAUUUUGAAAGACAUCAGUACUGGUGUCAGCCCUACAGUGAAGCUGGUACUUACUCUUUUGUAGGGUGGAAGGGACAGCAACAGAAAUACAUGAAAAUUGCUUCAGUUCAGCAGAAUGUUGUGUUGCCUCUCAGACAGAAUUGCGAGGUGACGCCGAGGCCUUAUGUCACGGUUUAUCUCAAAUGCAAAGGUGACAAUAUGCAUCCUGCAACAUCUUUGCUAGAGUUUGUUUCUUCUUGAGGGGCGGCAAAAAUGGCAGCACGCAGGCAGUUACCUCUGCAAGAAGCCUCAGAAUGAGCCCUCCAGCCCAAACUGUGCCCGUAAAGAAACUCCAUUUUCAUCUCUUCUUCCCUCGAGCUGCACAUGACCCCUCCUGGUUCCCCUGGGUGUCUUACACAACUUCAUUUCCCUCUGCUGGAGCCUGCCAGGAAACUUCUAGGCUCCCAUUCGGGUUGUAGGCACUCAGGUGGCUCAGGUCACUGCACUCCCUGUUCUCCUUUUUGGACCCCGUGGUUAUUACCUCACUGAACAAAACAAUCUUUCUAAUCUGCCAUGGUCCACUCUGAAGGGGACUCGUGGGGGCAGUGGCACUCUCCUCCCUGCCAAGGGUGAUUGAGACCUCUGUGCUGUCCCUCUGCUGCUUCAGGGAUCCAACUGGAGCUCAGCAGGCAUCAGGCUCCACCUCAACAAGGGCACGUUUUGUCCGACUGAGGAAGGAAUCAUAAAACAAUCACCUUCACUGAGGGGCCCUUACAUGUCCAUACCUGUUGACUGUCUCUUUUCGGACGGCAAAGCAGUCAAAACUGAGCUGGGAACAGUGUAAGCUCUGAGCCCUGGGACAAGGGCAUGCCAAAAGAUGGAAUUCCUGUCACUGAAUAUGUAAGCCAUAUAUGUGCUAUGCAUUAAGUAGUAUGCAUAGUUUUAACUUAAGAAAUGUUUGUGCAUAUAGGAUGUAAAAAAUACAUUUAAAUUGUUUUGUGUAUCUGAUCCAAGGCUUGUAUUUAGCAUGGACAAAUUUCUGUACAGUGCCGUUAACGAAUGAAAUGUUAACAGAUGAAAUUGUAUCAUAGAUGUUAUAAUGCAAUCAAUAUUUUUUGCUAAGAGUUAAGAAUUUAUAUAUUCUCUGCUGGUGUUUGAGCAAAUUAUUAGUAGCCUGGACCGCUCUGUGCACCUUUGCAUCCUUUUUGGGAAUGUUGGACUCUUUCUUUUCCUUUGUAAUAAAAUGUAAACCAUCUUAUGGCUUCUUUUUGUCCUAAUGACAAGAGAAGAAACUUAAUGGUCAUAUCAGACUUUUUUUAAUUAUAAAUUGCCAUAUGCUGUGGCAGUGGAAAACCUUUUUGAUUAAGAUCUGAGAAGUUGGAAACUUAUUUUAGGGUAAUCUAUAGUUUUUAGAUAAUCUAUAGUUCCCACCAAUUUUGAAAAGAACAAAAUUUAAAACUUUAAAAACUAGGCCAGUUAGAUACUUGCUACUGACUGUUUUUCAACAUGGUAAUUUAUGAUUCACUAAGACUGAAAGUCUGAAGCAAUCAGAAUUUAAUCUUUAUAUUGCAUUUUCAAUUUCACACUUUUACCAUAGUUGAACUUAAAGUUGGCUUUUUUUCUGUGUCUCUAUCCCAUUGAGAUUUAUUACUCCACAAAAAUUUUCACCUGGAAAUACAUGCAGAAAAUAGAACAGAUUCUGCAGAGAGCUCGAAGCUCCCUGUGGGGCUCUUGGUGUCCUCUCAGUUGUCACAGCGAGCACCAAGAUCUCCCACUGCAGGAGCUAGAAGGAGCUCCUGGUCUCACAGGAGGCACUCAUUGCCUGCAGAUCUCAUUCAUUAGGAUAGAAGAGUGAUUUUUUUUCUAUAAAUAAUCCUAUUUGCUCAUUUGUAUUCAGAUUUUAUCACUGUGGUAGAUGUUACUGAAAUACAAGAAGAGUCCUUAGUUUUUUGUUUAUGCCAGCUGAUUUUCUUUCUUCCUUCCUUUAGUCUUAGCAAGAUUUUGCCUGGACACGACCCAAAGCUUUUUGUUUGGACAAGGAGGAAUUUUCUUUGAUGGAGAAGACCAAUAGAGCCAACACAUGUUGGUUAAGGCUUUGGGCUGGGUGAAAUUUGAGUUCAUAUGGCAGAAAGGCUUCUUGAGAGAGCCUCUCCCUGAACAGCAGUUUUAUCUCUGAAACCUGUGAGGCUGCGCUACCAAAACACUGCAUGGGGCCCCAAGAAAUGGUGUUUGCAUCCGCAUCUCUCCCACAGCAUUCUGGGCAUGUACCCUGCGCUGAGCACACUGAGGAGCUGUAGCUAUAAAUGAGCCCUCAAGAGUUUUAUUUUGUACUUUUAUCUUGAGAUAUAUGACAGAUAUAUUAUGUAAUAUUGUUAUGGGUUAUGAUCUAGCCAGUAUUUUUUUUAUUUAAUUUUCAAGGAGGCAAUCUACAACUGUGUGUUUUUAUUCUGCUGUAUUUGUCCAUAUUUCCUAUGAUGAUAUUCCCAAAUAAAUCUGACUUGAGGGCAAGGAUUGUGAAGCUCCUGAGUGUUAGUUUCAAAUUCGAUUUCCUGGAUCAUUUUUGCUCAUUUGUGUAUGAUUGUGUUUGAGAAGUGACAGUGCAUAUAUGGUCGUUUCCAACCCUUUCACCCUUUUGGGACUCCCCAGGUUUUCCAUUACUGUCACAGUUUUCCACACAAACUCACUCACAUCCUCAUAACACAUUUGAAAACAAUCUCUUUAAGAGAGUCCUGCCUUCUUAGCCUUUAUGGCUAAAACAGCCCUCGCAUGAAGAAAAAACAUGACCAGUAACAUUUAUAAUAUUUUACACAAAAAUGUCUUACUGUGGUUGAAAUUGAAGGAGCUGCUGGGACUGUACUUGUUAGCAUCAAUUAAUCAGGAAGGGUUUGACUUUGAGAGAUACCUCCAUGGCAUGGUGUAAAUUUUAUAAUCCAAGUUCAGUGUAAAUGGAAUUAAACAGGGCCCCUUUCUACUUGGAUUGAAAAUGAAUGGAAAUAAUCUCACAGGCUCAAACAUGUAUCAAAUCCUAACUAGGUACAUGAUGAAAAUAACCCAAGUCAACUACUUUAUAUCACAUUCUUUGCAGUUCCUCUUUUCCAGGUGCUAUCUGAGCUACAUGCACAAAGGACCUUCUUCUUGUAGAGAUGCCAGAAGUCAAACAAGCCACUACUGUGAUGAAAAUAAUUUCAAAUUAACAAAUCAAGAUCACUAGGGGGUUAGCAGACAGACAAUGCCUUAUUUUCUGCAGGAACAAGGUCCCUCAUGAAAAAAAACUUGUCUCAAGAGAGAAGAAAUGAGGAGGGGAGCCCUGCACUGAGCAGGACAUUUUGUUGUAGAGUGCCAGCUGUACAAAGGCAGACCUGCAGCCUGCAGGAGCCCUACUUGGGUCCUCCCACAACCAUCACAGCCUUCCCAGGCCAGCUCAGGAGAGAGACACCCAAUGCUUCACCUCCUGAAGCAAAAAAAAUGCUCUUUUUUUUUUAAAGACUGAAAACCACCACCAGCCUGGCCCUUGAUGUUACAGGAAGUGCAAAUGAACUGGAAGUCCCUUCCUUACUGACUGCCUGGACCCCAGGAGACCCUCACCCAAGCACAGGCAAUAGAACCUCUCCUGCAGCCCUGCCUUGGAGUCAGUGUUGGAUGUGACACUUUUAGUCAAAUAACACCAACUGUGCAAGAACUAAUGGUGAUUUUUCAGUUUACAUUACUGGGGAGAAAUAAUGGUACUGUGAGAA